CUAUACAAACAUUAUUGGACGUCAAGAAAGCAGUUGAAAAAGCCGAUCACGAGUUGAAAGCAAAAAAAUUAUUACUUCAAAAGAUAAAACAAAAUGGGUUAGGAAAUGCAUCUAAAGUAUCAAGCUUUGGUGGUGAUGUCGGUGGGAAACAACCGGAUGCUGCAGUUAGUGUAACUGGUGAUGGUGGCAGUGUUGAUGAGAGUAUUGUUGUUCCGACUAAAAGAGAACGGAUAACUUUAACUACUGCACCACGAGAUACUAAGCGUGCUAGGAAGUAA